AUGACUCCGAGCCUUGAAGCGACUUACGAAGCCACUGCCGCUGGCACGCAACGGGAAUCAGGUCUUGAUAAUCCCUCCAACUGGGUUCCCGUCUUGGAAAAGCCGGUUUACAAACCUCGCAAGCUCCGAGUUGUUUGUGUCGGGGCUGGCUACUCUGGCUUGAUGAUGGCGUACAAGUACAAGCACCAACUGGAAAUGAAAGAGCACAUGGAUCUGGUUAUUUACGAAAAGAACUCCGACAUAGGUGGAACAUGGCUGGAAAACAGAUACCCAGGUGUGGCGUGCGACGUUCCAGCUCACAUUUACACCUUCCCCUUCGAACCGAAUCCCGAUUGGACCAGCUUUUAUGCCGCGGGCCCAGAAAUUUGGGAGUACAUCAAGAGGACUACGGACAAAUAUCAACUUGAUGAGCGUGUCCAGCUGAACAGCAAGGUUACUUCAACCAUCUGGGAUGAGGCUUCGGGGAAGUGGAAGAUUGAGGUCAACCAGAACGGAACCGUCAUCAAGGAUGAGGCGGAUGUGUUGGUCAAUGGAUCCGGCAUCCUCCAUAAAUGGCGUUGGCCGGAGAUCAAAGGGCUGGACUCUUUCAAGGGCAGACGGCUACACAGUGCUGCCUGGGACACAUCUCUUGAUUGGACCGGCAAGCGUGUCGCCAUUAUCGGCAAUGGUUCCUCGGCAAUCCAGAUCUUGCCCAAGAUGCAACCAGCGGCGGCCAAGAUUGUCAACUAUAUCAGAUCGCCCACUUGGAUUUCGUCCAACUUCGCGGCAGAGCUCACUCCUGAAGGAAAGAACUUUCAGUACACUGAAGAGCAGAAGAAGGAGUUCCGGGAGAAUCCCGAAGAGCUGCGCGAGAUGCGCAAGCUCAUCGAGCAUCACUUCAACCAGUUUUUCUACGCCCUUGUCGUCGAUACUCCUCAGCAGAAAGCCGCGGCCAAGGUGUUUCAGGACGAAAUGGAAAGAAGACUCAACCACGACUCCGACCUCUGCGCCAAGCUGAUCCCUGACUGGAAGGUGGGCUGCCGCCGACUUACUCCUGGCGAAGGCUAUCUUGAAGCACUCCAGGAGCCAAAUGUGGCCAUAGAGUUCUCGGGUAUCAAGAAGGUCACCGAGACUGGAAUUUUGGCGGCAAAUGGUUCCGAGGAGGAGUUUGAUAUCAUUGUUUGCGCUACCGGCUUCGAUGUCAGCUUCACCCCAUUCUGGGAAGUCGUUGGUAAGAAUGGUGUUAAGCUUGCAGACCAGUGGCGGGACGACCCAGCAGCCUACUUUGGUAUCUGCGCUCCCAACAUGCCAAACUACUUCAUUUUCAACGGGCCCAACUGCCCGAUCGGCCAUGGGAGUUUGCUGUCGGUUAUGGAUUGGACAGCCGACUACAUUAUGAGGUGGAUCAAGAAGAUCUCAACGGGCGAUAUCAAGUCUGUCACAGUCGAUACUGAUGCAACGGCUGACUACAACACCUACACCCACGAGUUCUUGAAGCGAACCGUCUGGACAAGUGGCUGCAGAUCCUGGUACAAGAACAACAAGGUAGACGGCAAGGUAACCGCCAUGUAUGCAGGGAGCAUCAUUCACUACAAGGAAAUUUUGGAGAGCUUCAGGACCGAGGACUUCCACUUCGAGUACAACAGCCGGAACAGAUUCAGGUUCAUGGGCAAUGGACUCACAGUCCUUGAAGAGAAGGGGGAGCAUCUCGGGUUUUAUGUCAAGUAG